AUGCCGGCCAGGACGGGUCUGGGCGCCUGGGCCUUGGCGCUCCUCGUCGCCCUCUCGGGCCGGCAGGCGUCCGGCCAGGAGUGCGGCGGCCCGUGCAGCCGGUGCGCCGCGACGACGGCCCCGACGUGCCCGCCCGGGGUGAGCCUGGUGGGCGACGGCUGCGGCUGCUGCCGCGUGUGCGCCAGGCAGCUGGGCGAGCUGUGCGGCGAGCGGGAGCCCUGCGACCCCCACAAGGGCCUCUUCUGCGACUUCGGAGCCCCCGCCGGACGCCGCGUCGGCGUGUGCACCGCCAAGGACGGCGCCCCGUGCGUGUUCGGAGGGCUGGUCUACCGGAGCGGGGAGUCGUUCCAGAGCAGCUGCAAGUACCAGUGCACCUGCCUGGACGGGGCGGUGGGCUGCGUGCCCCUCUGCGCCAUGGACGUCCGCCUGCCGAGCCCCGACUGCCCCCACCCCCGGCGGGCGAAGCUCCCGGGCAAAUGCUGCGAGGAAUGGGUGUGCGACCAGCCCAAGGACAAGGAGCAGACGGCCGUGGGACCGGCUCUGGCUGCAUAUAGAUUGGAAGACACUUACGGCCCUGACCCGUCGUUGAUGCGUGCCAACUGUUUGGUCCAGACCACUGAAUGGAGCGCCUGCUCAAAGACCUGUGGAAUGGGCAUCUCCGCCAGAGUCACCAAUGACAAUGCCUACUGCAGACUGGAGAAGCAAAGCAGGCUGUGCAUGGUGAGGCCGUGUGAAGCGGACCUGGAGGAGAGCAUCAGGAAAGGCAAAAAGUGUAUUCGUACUCCCAAGAUCUCCAGUCCUGUCAAGUUUGAGCUGUCUGGCUGUACCAGUGUGAAGACAUACCGAGCCAAGUUCUGUGGCGUCUGCACUGACGGGCGUUGCUGCACCCCCCACAGAACAGCCACUCUCCCCGUGGAAUUCAAGUGUCCCGACGGUGAGGUCAUGAAGAAGAGGAUGAUGUUCAUCAAGACCUGUGCAUGCCACUACAACUGCCCUGGAGACAAUGAUAUCUUUGAGUCUGUGUAUUACAGGAAGAUGUAUGGAGACAUGGCAUAAAGCCAGACCAGGGACUCUUAAACUUGACUGUCAACUUGAACUGAUAAUUGCAUCUCAUUUUGUAAAACCUGAUUCAAUAGCACAAGUUAUUUAAUUUUUUUUAAUCAAACUGUUCCAUGUGACUUAAGACAAAAGUGUCUACUGACCCCAAACUUUGGUUUGAAGGGAAAAAAAAUAAGAUGGACAGUGAGGAACCACAGAAAAACUGUGCCUCAGAAUAGAAUAUAAUGUUUAUGGGGAUGAUAUACAGGGAUUACUGAAGGAGAUGUGCACUCACAGACAUAGUGCAAUUGAAAAAGACCCUUAGCAAGGUUACCAGCACUAGUUUCUGUGCUGGUAAUUGGACUGGAACCCCUCACCCAGCAAGGUGCUAAGUAAUGACAUUCUGUUAGUCAGAACAGCAAUAAUGCUGCUUUUUGAAGUUCUGAUUCAAGUACUUUCUUUCAAAAUGAAUUGGUCUUGUGUGUGUUAGACUGGACAGCUUGUACAGUGAGCUUCCCUGUUACAAGCCAGAUUUUUUAAUAUUGUAAAUAGUGUAUGUGUGUAUAUAUAUAAAUAUAUUUUGUACAGUUAUCUAAGUUAAUUUAAAGUUUUAUUGCCUUUUUAAAUGCUUUGAUACAUCAGUGUUAGCCUCUACCUUUGUUUUUAAUGGCUUGUCUAAUCCAAUACAUUCAACCAUUCAAAUAG